CAAGGCUCAAGCCUAUUUUCAUAUCUACACCCUACUUCUGAGAGGCAUAACCACAUUCUCUGCUUCUCCCUUUUCUCCCUUUGUUUUUUUUCUUUUUUUUUUUUUUAAUUUUAGAUUUUUGUUUUCUGGUUUUAUUUAUUUAUUUUUGUUUGUUAUUUUUGUUUGAAAUAUUUUAGGCGUAUAUAUCUUUUUUUUUUUCUUGGUGCUCUCUGGAUUAGGAACAAACAGAAUAUAUAUUAUACAUUAAACAAACAAAAUUAUUUCAAUAAAUAAAACCAUCCCGAAGUGUCUGUUGAGAAAUUGAAGAGAAAUAUCGAAGUCCGGCAAGACUCAAUUUAAUCCCAUAAGAAUGGUGAUGAUAAUUAGCACCAUGGAACCUCAGGUGUCGAAUGGCCCAACUUCCAAUACAAGCAAUGGCCCAUCCAGUAACAGCAGGAACUGUCCUUCUCCCAUGCAGACAGGCGCAGCUACAGAUGACAGCAAAACAAACCUCAUAGUCAACUACUUGCCGCAAAAUAUGACGCAGGAGGAAUUCAGGAGUCUAUUUGGAAGCAUUGGGGAGAUAGAAUCCUGUAAACUAGUGCGGGAUAAAAUUACAGGCACACAAUUCGAGGAACACUUCAAGGAUUUAGCCACUGGCACAAAAUGGAAACCCCUUACUGAAGAGGGCCCUAUCUUUGGGAAAGGGCAGAGCCUUGGGUAUGGAUUUGUUAACUACAUUGAUCCAAAGGAUGCAGAAAAAGCCAUUAACACAUUAAAUGGACUCAGACUACAAACCAAAACCAUCAAGGUUUCCUAUGCCCGCCCCAGCUCUGCAUCAAUCCGUGAUGCUAACUUGUAUGUAAGCGGCCUUCCAAAAACCAUGACACAAAAAGAGCUGGAACAGUUAUUUUCACAGUAUGGGCGCAUCAUCACCUCAAGAAUCUUAGUCGAUCAAGUUACAGGUGUGUCCAGGGGAGUUGGGUUUAUUCGUUUUGACAAGAGAAUAGAAGCAGAGGAAGCCAUAAAGGGAUUGAAUGGACAGAAGCCAAGUGGAGCCGCAGAACCAAUUACUGUGAAAUUUGCCAACAACCCCAGUCAGAAAACAAGCCAGGCAUUACUUUCCCAACUCUACCAGUCCCCCAACAGACGUUAUCCUGGCCCCCUUCACCAUCAGGCUCAGAGAUUCAGGCUGGACAAUUUGCUUAAUAUGGCCUAUGGCGUUAAGAGGUUUUCUCCAAUCACCAUUGAUGGAAUGACAAGCCUGGUGGGAAUGAACAUCCCUGGGCACACGGGUACUGGUUGGUGCAUCUUUGUUUACAACCUCUCUCCUGACUCCGAUGAAAGUGUUCUGUGGCAGCUUUUUGGCCCAUUCGGGGCUGUCAACAAUGUGAAAGUCAUCCGUGACUUUAACACCAACAAGUGCAAGGGAUUUGGCUUUGUCACAAUGACCAAUUAUGAUGAAGCUGCAAUGGCCAUUGCCAGCCUUAAUGGAUAUCGCCUGGGUGACAGAGUUUUGCAAGUUUCCUUUAAAACCAACAAAACCCACAAGUCUUGAAUUUCUAGCCUAUACAGAUCACCCUAAUCUUAUGAACAAAAUGAAGAUGAAAAAACAAACUCUCAAUGGCUUAUAACCAACCAUGGACUUUAUAAGCCAGUGUUGCCUAAGUAUUACCAUUGGAUAUCCUGUGAUAAACCGGAAAGGAUUUUAUAAUGCUUAGAAAAAAAAACUUUGAUGCAUUGAAUGUUCUUUCAUAGCUGUCGUUGUUGAAUAUAAUAUACAUAGAUUACAAUGAGCAGGGCUUUUUUAACCCAGCCGGCUAGUUUUACACCUUCUUUGAAGGUUGCUGUUUUUAAGAUGACCAUGAGUUCAUUUGAAGAAGUAAAAAAAAAAAAGAAAAAACAAUUAAAAAAAAAACUUGGAAAAAAAACAAUUUUUACAAACUAAACACAAUAAAGAAAAGAAAAAAAAUGUUUUCUUUUCUUUCUCAGCUUUCUUUUUUGUUCACAAAAUGAGUCCUUUCAGAUUGGUGACCCACUCCUCCCUCCUUUCCGAUAACCCUUGAAGUGCAGGGAUGUAGCAAAGGUUUCAGCACUGAAGGGGAGCUACAAACAAAAAAGGAACAAUACAUUUGUGCAAAAAGGGAACAAAAAUAAAAAACUUUUGCAAAUAACUGUAUUGUUUCUUUGUUAGGCUUUGAAAGGAGAAAUCUGAGGGGAUCACAGGGGUCAGAAUACCUGAUGACGCAAAACAAUUUAAAUAAAUGAACAAUGUUGCCAAAGAGUUGGUCUCUUUGCUGAAAAUGGGUUUCCAGAAAAAUCUAUUUUUAUAAAAUAUAAAGAAUUUUUACAAGAGAAUCUGGAUUUGAGAAAAAAAUAAAAUAAUAUUUUGACUGGCUAAUUUAGGGGAAAUUGACAACUUUGUCAUUCAUACUGCACUGGUAACUUUUUAGAGAACAAGACAUGUUUUAAAUUGGAUUAGUAGAAUGUUUUUUGAAAGAUGGGUUACAAACAGUUGAUCUUCGUACCUUUUCAUAGCAUGUUACAAACAAUCCUAUUGAGCAAGGGAGAGUGUUCUUCACAGAACCCCCAAACCACAGUCAAAACCCAAAAAAGCAAGAGGUGCAUUGCAAGACAAUUUUUUUCUUUAAGUCAUCAGUAUGGGAUAUCAGCAGAAUAAAAGAAAACCUAAUUUUUUGGGGGGCGCAAAAACUUCCUUAGUUUGAGCAGUAGGUGCUACAAAUCAUUUACAUAUCUUAGUAUCAUAGUUCAAUGUAAUGUGUUUAGAAAAAGAAUAAACAUUUGCUUUAAAUUUGUUAAGAGUUUUCGAGUUCACUUUAUGGCCCACUCCAAUAUAACUGGGCUGCGUUGGCACAUUUUAAACACUGUUUUUAUGUUGCUUGCAACACUUAUUUAUUUAAUUGCUGAUGUAAUGCAUUUGGCCAAUAUCAAAUAUAGCAGGUUUGGCUAGUCUAUUUAUUUGUUUACUUAAACUAUGGGAAGAAGCAUAUUAUUGUGUCAUUUCUUGUGUGUGUACGUGUAUAUAUAAUAUAAAUAUAUAUAUAUAAAGUUAUUUUUUUUUCUUUCUGUUAAUUUAUUAUUAAGUUGUAAUACUUUGCUAGUUCUGUUUGUAUGUCUUAAAAUGUUUUCUUAUAAUACUUGAUUGACAAGCGUAUCAAGGUAACUUGUGUAGAAAUAUUGUUUGAUAUGUUGUCAUGUUUGUCGUGAAUAAUUUUUCUUAAUGCACAGUAGAAACGGAAAAAAAAACUGGUUCUUUAUUUUAAUGUUACUCUGAUAGACGAAAGAACAAAGCUAUGGGAACAGAAGAUGGAAUGGGUGGUUCUCCCACAUCCAGUGCACUGAUAAUUUUAGUAUGUUUGUGCUCUGUAGCGUUCUAUAUUUUAAAAAAUAAAACAAAAUAAAAAACGUUCUGCUCUUCCCUGAGUACUAGGAAGUUACUCGCUAUGCAUAAUCUAGUUGAUAGUUACAAUUUGCUAUUGCUUUUUCUUGUCUUGUUAUAUCAAAUCUUUUCAAUACAAGUUUAGUCUUAAUGGUAAUAAAACGUUGUUAUGGUUAUAUAUAA